AUGCGCGGCGGUCCGCGGUCGCAGGCGCAGCAGGCGGCGGCCGAGUCGAUGCACCGCGUGCAGGAGGUGGCGCUGCCCGAGCUGUCGCUGUCCGCCGAGUACUCGGUGUCGCGCACGCUGGCCGAGGGCUGCUUCGCGCGCAUCCUGCUCGCCACGCACCGCCGCACCGGCACCACCGUCGUGCUCAAGGCCGUCCACGCGGAGCUCACCAGCGUCGCAGACUUCCAGCGCGAGUUCCACUACAGCUACCGCGUCAGCCCGCACCCCGCCGUGCUCUCUGUCUACCCCGUCGCCUUCCGCGCAGACGGCUGCUACGUCUUCGCCCAGGAGUACGCGCCGCUGGGAGACCUAUCCGGGGCGGUGAAGGCGGGAGGUCUGCCCGAGGAGCAGGUGAAGCGCGUCGCCUCGCAGAUCGGCUCGGCGCUCGACUUCCUGCACUCCAAGCAGAUCGUGCACCGCGACGUCAAGCUGGAGAACGUGCUCGUCUUCACCGCCGACAUGACCAAGGUGAAGCUGUGCGACUUCGGGUCUGCGCGGCGCGAGGGCUCGCUGGUGUCGCGGGCGCGCUGCACGUGGCAGUGGUGCCAGCCGCCCGAGGUGUGCGCGGUGCUGAGCCGCGAGCGCUACCACUGCCGCACGGCGGGCGACGCGUGGCAGCUGGCCGUGCUCGUGGUGGUAUGCCUGGCCGCGUCGCCACCCUGGCAGGCGGCCGACCACAUCUCGGACACCGACUACGCCGCCUUCUCGCGCUGGCAGCGCCGCCGCUCCACGCGCCUGCCGCCGCUCUUCCGCCGCUUCACGCCGCGGUUCCUCAGGCUGCUCAGGCGGCUGCUGGAGCACAAGGUGGAGAAGCGGGCGCCCGUGUCGGAGGUGGAGAAGUACCUGAAGGACACGUGGCUGGUGGGCGGCGCCAGCGCCAGCGCGGGCUGCCACGUGGCGACGGCGUCCGGCGCGGACACGUCGUCGAGCGCGGCGCUGCACGGCCGCGGCCAGCAGCCCAGCAGCGCCCUCAUGGAGGAGGACGGGAAGGGCCGGCUGCGCAAGCUGCUCUCCAGCUACGGGCUCGAGACCACCGUCGACCAGCGGCUGGUGGCGCGCCGCGUCUGGGAGUGGGUGCUCGCGUGCGAGCCCGCAGAGACGGCUCUCGACGGGGUCUGA